AUGAUGAUACUACGGCGGUCCACCAACCGGCUCCCCAUAAAGCCGCCAACUGUGUCUCACGUGACCAAAGCUAUCACAUCAGGUGCUGCAAUGGCAGCCAGAGAUCUAGCUUUAAAGCGACUGCAGCUACAGAUUCAAGGCCACGAUCCAUCAAAGAAAGUUCCUAGAGUAGGUAUUUUAGGGGCUCCACUUGUACAUGGGCAGCCACUGAAUGGGACAAAGUCUGCACCAGAACUACUACGUAGGGCCAGGAUCAACGAGAAAUUAGAGAAAAAAGGUGUUAUAGUUCAUGACUUUGGUGACCUGAAGUUUACAGUGGAAUCAGACGACGGUGAAAUUAUACCUGGCUGUAAAUUUGCCAAGACCGUGGGGAAAGCAAAUCACCAGAUAGCCAAAAGCGUGGAAAGGGUUCUCAAAUCUGGGUGUCAAGUUCUCUUGCUGGGUGGGGAUCAUAGCAUAGCCCUCGGCUCGGUCUUUGGCCACACCCGGGUUGCUGAAGAAAUUGCUUUGGUCUGGGUUGAUGCUCACCCCGACAUCAACACACCACUGACCAGCUUAUCUGGCAACAUACACGGCAUGCCAGUUGGCUUUUUGUGUAAAGAGCUGCCUCAUGUUUCUCCGCCUGUACCUGGCCUAGAGUGGUUGAAGCCUUGCAUCAGUGCCAAAAAUAUUGCGUAUAUUGGUGUACGAUCUAUAGACCCUGGAGAAAAAAAAUUCUUGAAUGAAUUGAACAUUUGCGCCUAUUCUGUGGAGGAUAUACAAGAAUUAGGAAUGGACUUUGUUAUUCAAACAGCUUUACAUCAAAUUGAUCCCAUGGGCGUGUUACCAAUUCAUGUGAGUUUUGAUGUGGAUGUUUUAGACCCAGAGUUGAUGCCUGCAACUGGAACACCCGUUGAGAGAGGUUUGAGCAUUGAACAAGCAAGGACAUUGGCUACAGCUAUUUUCCACACAGGCCGGCUUGCACUUUUAGAAGUUGUAGAACUAAACCCAAUGCUGGUUUCUACUGCUGUCAGUAACUGGUGCGCUGAUGUUGCUGUUGACAUCAUUCUCCGAUGCUUGCGGGGUAAACGUAGACAGGCAGCCACACAGUUGAAGACAUUACCACAGGAUAAUUUACUGGUACAUUGUAUGAGAGAAGAUUAAAUUCUUGG